ACCGGCCAUCAAGUUCAGCACUGUCCAGGUUGUUUGUUUCAACUGGUGAUGAAAUGGGGGUGAACCAGUCCAUGAGCUUCCCACCUGUCACAGGACCCCACCAUGUAGGCUGCGGGGAUGUGAUGGAGGGCCAGGGUCUCCAGGGGAGCUUCUUUCGACUCUUCUACCCCUGCCAAGAGUCAGAGGAGACCACCGAGCAGCCUCUGUGGAUUCCCCGCUAUGAGUACUGCACUGGCCUGGCCAAUUACCUGCAGUUUAAUAAGCGCUGGGGCGGGCUGCUGUUCAGCUUGGCUGUGGGAUCGUGUCGCCUGCCUGUUAGCUGGAACGGCCCGUUUAAGGCAAAGGACUCUGGAUACCCCUUGAUCAUCUUCUCCCAUGGCAUGGGAGCCUUCAGGACGCUGUAUUCAGCCUUCUGCAUGGAGCUGGCCUCCCACGGCUUUGUGGUUGCUGUACCAGAACACAGGGAUGGGUCGGCUGCGACCACCUGUUUCUGUAAGCAGGCCCCGGAGGAGAGCCAGGCCACUAAUGAGUCGCUGGAGGAGGAAUGGAUCCCUCACCGACAAAUUGAAGAAGGGGAGAAGGAAUUCCAUGUCCGGAAUUGCCAGGUGUAUCAGAGGGUAAGCGAGUGUACUCGGGUGUUGAGGAUCCUGCAAGAGGUCACUGCUGGGCAGAUUGUUCUCAACAUCUUGCCUGAUGGGUUGGAUCUGACGACUUUGAAGGGCAGCAUCAACAUGAGCUGCGUGGCUGUGAUGGGACAUUCAUUUGGCGGGGCUACAGCUCUAUUGGCUUUGGCCAAGGAGACCCAGUUUCGGUGUGCUGUGGCUCUGGAUGCUUGGAUGUUUCCCCUGGAACAUGACUUUUACCCCAAAGCCAGAGGUCCUGUGUUCUUUAUCAAUGCUGAAAAAUUCCAAACAGUGGAGAGUGUCAACUUGAUGAAGAAGAUAUGUGCUCAACAUGAACAGUCCAGAAUCAUAACUGUGCUUGGUUCUGUUCAUCGGAGUCAAACUGAUUUUGCUUUUGUGGCUGGUAACUGGAUUGGUAAAUUCUUCUCCACUCAAACCCGUGGGAGCUUGGACCCCUAUGAAGGUCAAGAGAUUAUGGUGAGGGCCAUGUUGGCCUUCCUGCAGAAGCACCUUGACCUGAAAGAGGACUAUGACCAGUGGAACAGCCUCAUUGAAGGCAUCGGACCAUCGCUUACCCCAGGGGCCCCACACCAUCUGUCCAGCCUGUAGGCACAACCAGCCAUUUGUGAAAGGUCACUGGGCUGAGUUACCAUUUGGGGCCUGCACGGGGAUACCUGUAGCCUCCUAUCAAGAACUGGUUGAGAUGACCCUUCUUCACAGUUUGAGAGGAUGUAAUCACACUGCUGAUUGGAUAACUGGAUACUUUGAUCUUGGACUUGUUGAUUUUAAACUCAUGCUGAGAAUUGGAUCACUUACUGAUUGGCACACUGGCUUUCUGGGAACUGAACCCUGAUGGUGUGGGGAACAAGCAGUGGGGUAGAGUUGGGGUGGGGGGUUUCUUCAAACCCCAAACUGAGCACUGUUAACUCAGUGGCCUAUUCCCUCCCCUUGAGCCAGUGUGGCUUCUGGUGUGGAAGAAAUUAAGCCAAAGGGUUGAAGUAAAUUUCCUACCUUCGAGACCUUUAAA